AUGCGUGUUGUCGUGUGGCUGGCGUGUUUUGUUGCGAGUUCUCUGCUGGCCCGUGCAAACGAAUGGCUGGUUUCGCACCCGCACCUGAAAGUGAAGACUUGCGAGAGCAUCGAGGUGAAAGGUCGGUACGACGGGGUGGUUGACACCUGCAAGAGCUGCUACUUUGAGGCCGACCACAGCAAGAGGAGGAUGAGGAAUCUCUACAUCAGAGCUUUAAGGUUGUGGAUCGUGCCGAAGACAUCUGGCGACCCGACCCGACCACAGCAGAUCGGCUACGUCAACGUCGUGCCAGCCAGGAACGAUAUUGGAAACUUUGACACGUUCGGAGAGGCCAUUCAGAAAUUCAACAAACAUUUGAAGACCCAUGCUCUGCCAGGUAGCUUUACAUUUUUCAAUUAUAUAGAUUGCGGUUAA